CUGGGCAAGUACGAGCGCUACGUGCGCGCCGCCACGUUCGCGCUGGACUGGCUGCUGCGCGCGCACGAGCACAGUCGCCCGUCCACCGACGUCCUCCAGCUCAAGUCUCUGAGCGGCGUCGUGCAGCAGACCGCAAAGGACCCUUCUUCCCUCUCCCCCGAGCUGCUCCGCCGACUGCCCACAGUUCUCAAAGCUUUCCACUGCGCCACCCAGCUACGGGAACUUGUCACGCCUCUCCUGGCCAACUCCAAGUCCCAGUUCGCGACGCUGCUCAAAAUUUGGGGCAGUUUGCUGCAAAGGGUCCCGCUGGAAAAUGACCUUGAUUCAUUCGAGUCCCCCGAGUGGGAGGAAGACGAGGACUUCUUCUGCCCCGGAGAGGAGAGCUUCGUUUUGGCUGCCAAUCCCUCUAGAAAGCUUAAAUCCGUCUGUGAGGAGGCUUUUAGGGACGAUUUGGCGCUGGACGUGGUCUUUUUCGUCUCGGACUUGGAGCAAUUGGUGCGGGGCGUGCACGAGUGCUACCGUUUUGUGAAGGAACAGACAUCGACAUUGAUGGAGGCGACGGUGGCAGUGAAGUUGGCUAUGGACACGGCUGAAGACUUGACGACCAAGCUGCAGAGCCACCACCCGGAGAUCCGAACGACGCCGGAGCUGUUUGAUGUCGUGUACGAACAAGCGCCAGGGCUGAUCGCUCUGUCACGGAAAGUGAGCAAGGACCUUCGGGACAAGUUCGAGAGGGGGGAGCAGUUCAGACCCUACCCGUUCGAGCUGCUGGGUAGUUUCCAGAUGAUUCUCAACAGUUUAAACACUUUCGCGUCCGCUCUUCCGUCGCCGGGGCGCAAGACGGAGGCGAUCUUCUUGACGAAUGUGGUGGAGAGAUAUGGAGAGGAGCGCACGCCGCAGUACGUGUAUUCGGAUCCGUUUAAUGUGUCGGCGUUCCUGAUGCAGCAACUGCCGCUGGUUUACAACGAAAUGAGAGAGAAGGAGAAGAAUGGCGGCGCAGCGUUUAAUCGAUCCAAGUUGGAGGGGGCGUUCCUUGGAUUGUUGGACGAAUUCUUCACGACCCGCCAAGUCACGAUCCCGCUGGUGUUUGCGAUCACUUGUUGGAUGAAAUCGAUCGUGGCACUACAAGGCGAUGGAGGGCUGGGUCGUAACGUCGUCGUAAUGUUCAAGCACGCGAUGAGUUUGAAUGAACGCAUGGAAGAAAUUAUGGCGAGACCCACGAUUCUGCCCGCCAUUCAGGAACCUCUUAGCACCCAGCUGCAGCAAGACAGAGCGCAAGACAGAGCGCAUAUCGUUGAGCGCUUCAAUCCUGUGCUGGCAGGCUUGAAAGUGAUGGACCAUCAUCUCGAUUAUCUGCGCAAGGGUAGCGAGAUAUUGCCGAGUGGUUCGCUGUUUCGCGCCUUUGGGCACCUGUACAAUGCCCUUGUGACGGAAGGAUUUCUAGAGCGCAUUCCGUUUUUCGAAGACGUCUUGAAGAUCUGCGAGAGAGGCAUUUUCACUCCGUCACGCUCUGCUGCGACUCAUGGUGCCUACGAUCGGACGUAUCUUCAGCCCGCACAGACUGAGGACUCGAAUGGGCUCUACUUGCGCGAUGUAUCUGAGGUCUGGCGGUUUUUGGUUGAAGGCGAUACAUCCGGUCUUGAGCUCACCAGCUUGGUGAAGUCGCUGUAUUCGGCAGGCACCGACUGUGUGGCAGAUUUAUUUGAGACGCGUGUGCUGUCGCGCGAUAUGCUAGCGCUCACUUAUGACAUCGUCGAUGUAUUCUCCAAGCUGUGUGAAGAGCUGGACCAGCAGCAAUACUACGAUGAUUAUAUCAACAAGCAACGGCUAGUCCCUGAUCAGUCGGACGAGGACUGCACCGCUGACGCACUGGAGAAUGCCGUCAUGCGUCCUUUGCUGCCCUUGCUGGACGCUUUGCAGCCAAACGCAUCACUGAAGUUGGACGUUAUCCCAUUUGGGCUUUCUACUCGUUGGGAAGGCAAAAUGAACGGGGAUCGGGUUCGUGAAAUGGGCAAGAAAGCUGGAGCUGUCCUGUCAGCCAAAUUUGCGUCGCCGUACACCGCAAGCUGCGAGCACAAGUAUUUUACUUUCCCGUCGAAGCUUGCUAAUCAAGAGUACGGCACUGUGUCGUUUAGAGCAAAGAGGACUGGUACAGGACGCGAGCGAGUGUUUUCCGAGUUGAUGCAGUUGUUGGAGCAAAGUACCGGCCACCUCUAUGAAGAUGAUCUUGACCAUCUCAAGACUGAGAUCAAGAACGACCCGCUGCUGCUCGCGAUGAUCACGCCGCGCACCAAGGACAACCGGGAUGACGUGUGUACGCUGCUCCACCAGGCAGCGGCUGGUCCGGCGCAUGACCCCGACCUCGUCGAGUGGAUGAUCCACCUUGGAGCCCUCCAUCUCCAGCCGACAGUUCAUUGUCGGACAGAGCCGAGGAAGAAAGAUCUGCCGUGUCCUCGCGAGUGUUUCCCGAACGCCAUGGCAAUCCACAGCGCUGCGGCAAAGGGCCACACAAAUAUUGUUAUUAUCAUUCUAGCAGCGGACAACUUGCUGGACCUGAACACGCCGACGUUCCACACGAAGGAGACGAUCGCUCAUCUGGCUGUCAAGAACGGGCACCGCGACUUGUUCAAGGUGCUUUGCUCGUUUGGCCCUGACUUGACGAUUCAGGACAAAGCUGGAAAUCCUGUGUCGGCGGUGACGACGAAUCGCGCUUGGUCGCGUAAAAUU